AUGGCUGACGAACUCAAUGUUGACAGUCUUAUCCACAGACUUUUAGAAGUUCGAGGAUGCAGACCUGGAAAAACUGUGCAAAUGUCAGAGUCGGAGGUGCGUGGCCUCUGCACCAAGUCUCGGGAGAUAUUUUUGCAGCAACCAAUUUUACUGGAACUGGAAGCGCCUCUGAAAAUUUGUGGUGAUAUUCAUGGGCAGUAUACAGAUUUGCUGCGUCUCUUUGAAUAUGGUGGCUUCCCACCUGAAGCUAAUUAUUUAUUUUUGGGUGAUUAUGUUGACCGUGGAAAGCAGUCACUAGAGACCAUAUGCCUUUUGCUUGCAUAUAAAAUAAAGUAUCCAGAGAACUUUUUCCUUCUAAGAGGGAAUCAUGAAUGUGCUAGCAUAAAUCGCAUUUAUGGUUUUUAUGACGAAUGUAAACGCCGAUACAAUAUUAAGCUGUGGAAGACAUUUACUGACUGUUUCAAUUGCUUGCCAAUAGCUGCUAUUAUUGAUGAAAAGAUUUUCUGUUGCCAUGGUGGAUUAUCCCCAGACUUGCAGGGAAUGGAGCAGAUCAGACGGAUAAUGAGACCUACCGAUGUCCCAGAUACAGGUUUGCUAUGUGAUCUGCUGUGGUCUGACCCUGAUAAGGAUGUGCAGGGAUGGGGAGAAAAUGACCGUGGAGUAUCAUUUACAUUUGGUCCUGAUGUUGUUAGCAAGUUUCUCAAUAGACAUGAUCUGGAUUUAAUUUGUAGAGCUCACCAGGUAGUGGAAGAUGGUUAUGAAUUCUUCGCAAAGCGGCAACUUGUUACACUCUUCUCUGCACCAAAUUAUUGUGGAGAAUUUGACAAUGCUGGUGGCAUGAUGUCUGUUGAUGAGACAUUAAUGUGCUCUUUCCAGAUAUUAAAACCAUCUGAGAAGAAAGCAAAUGUGCUGCACAUUCUAGGACUUCAUUGCAAUUCACUA